AUGGCGAAACUCACUAUAGUUGUUGUGAUGCUCAUUAUGUACAAUGCCAUUAGACCCUCAAUGGAAGAAAAUAUUGCACCACAACCGGCCAACGAUGGCGAAGAAGCAUUAGCACCUUCACCCAUUGAUGAUUUCUUUGAAGAUUUUGCACUGGCACUAGCACCAUCACCCAUUGAUGCGUACUUGGAAAAAUGUGUUGAGAAUUUUACCGAUACUUGUGGUUCGCAGGUGUUUGAGGGUGUUUUUGGAAAUAUGACAGUUACCGCUCCAUGUUGCAGGAACCUUUUGCAGGUAGGAAAGCCAUGCCAUGAUGGGCUGGUUAAGAGAAUUCUUGACCUACCUUGGAUUAGAAGACAUGUGAGUGAGUCCCAAGUAUUGUCACAGAGUGAUGAGAUUUGGAGCAAAUGUGUUUCUGAUGGGGUAGCUGUUUUCCCACCCUCCUCAUCUCCAACCACUUCCUAA